GGAAAGGAGGGAAGCCUAGAGAUGCUUGGUAAUGAAUUGGGAUUGUAAAUAUACUUAGUAUAUAGGCAGGCCAUUCACUCGUCGACACCGGUAUGGAAUAUGAUUGGGAAUUAAAUAUUAAAUCUCAUCUAGAGUUUUGACAUGACAAACCUCAAUGGCGUCAAGAAAAGAGGUGGUCACAGAAAGUCCACGAGUGGAUGCACGGCUUGCAAAAAGAGACAUAUCAAGUGUGACGAAACAGGACCACCAUGCGCAAAUUGUACCAUCCGCAGAGGCUCCAUCUGCAUCUACCUGGGCAAACAGGGAACCACUCCCAUCAUGACGGCGACGCCCGCCCGGAGUAGACACAACCACAUCUCUGCCGAUCAACUCAUAGACGAUCUGCAAAAACAGCAACGCAGCAUCAGAGCCGCCGGUCUGAUUCAUGCCGGCCCGAUUCAUGCCGGCCCGGUUCACCCCGGCCCUAGCAUACCCCCUCCAUCCUACUUUUCCAGCAGCGACACCGCAGCGCCCGCCACGCCGGCCCGACGCGAGCUGGAGCUCGAGCUGGUGCACCGCUGGAGCGUGCGCACAUGGCGCGGCCUGCAGAUGAUACCGGCCUGCAGCGGGUUCCUGCGGGAGGUGCUGCCGCGCGACAUGCUGCGCCACGACUUUCUGCUCAGCGCCACCCUCGCGCUCGCCGCUGCCGAUCUGGCCGUCAGCGGCGGCAGGGGUGGCUCCCGCGUCUACGCCGAUGCCGCCGCUGCAUAUGUGGCGUUGGCCGGGUGGCAGUUUGGUCGGGCGGUCGAGGAGCUCCGGGGCCUGGGGCGGCGCAGGGGGUCGAGCGGCGGCGGGCUGCACAGGGAGAACCUGUACAUCUUUGCGCAGUUUGGCGAUAUGAUGGGGUACUACUACAUGGCGAUGCCCGGGGCCGAGGUGACGUCGUGCGGGUCGCUGACCUCGGGAGUAGUAGUCGGCGGCGGUGGUGGCAGCGGCGAGGAAAGAGUCGCGACGGCCACGCGUGCAUCGCCACCCCGACGGUCCAUCAUAUCGCGCGUCCAUCUGGCGAUGCAAAUGUUCGCGGGCUCGAUGAAGACGGCGUCGCUCAACUGGGCGUGGUACCUCGACAGCCCGACGUCGGCGCGGCAGGCGUACGAGGACUACAGCCCGCGGCUGGAGGCGAUGCGGCUGCUGGACGGCGAGACGCUGGCGGCCAUCAACCUCAUGUCGAGCGUGGCGCGGGCCGUGCGGGUGCAGGUGGCGGACGGCCUGUCGGUCCCCUACCGCGACGUCAGGUCCUACUGCUUCGCCAUCGGGCAGACAAAGUACGAGUUUGCCGAGCAGCUGCUGCGGCGCAUGUCUGGGAGCUUUCUGAGCGUCCCCGCGGUGUCGGGGACCUUUGACGGCGGGUUUCUGGCGGGUGUUGCGGCGCGGGAGCCGGUGGCGCUGUUUGUGCUCAUGUUUUGGGGUGUUGCCAUCUGGAGGGCGCGUGCGGACGGCUUGUGGUGGAUCGGGAACACGGGGAGGGAGCUUGUCGAUGAGAUUUGUGGAGUGCUGGUGGGAGGGAGCAUAUGGGGGCUUGAGGAUGUUGGGAGGGGUGUGGAGUGGUGUAGGAGGGAGGUUGGUCUGGGUGCUGAGAAUAAUUCAAAGACGGGGUGACUCUAGGCCUGG